AGACUCGGUGCUCACGGUGAGAUCGUGGCCCGUCGCGAUCGUUGAACGUGCGGUGUGGCGUCGAUCGUGAUCGAUCGAUCGACCCUCGGGCCGGCGGUGAAUCCCCACCCGAGCGUGGAGAACGCGUGAAUAACACGGCACACGUGCGAGUCGCGGUCAGAAAGAGAGGCUCCGGCGAUCUCUUCGAGUCUCUUAUCGAUCGAUUGUCUCCAGCUAAUCGAUGGGCUCCGCGAAAUAAGAGGAAGGAAAAGAAUUAAGACGCGGAUCUCGGCGACAUGUGCCUGUGACGGAUUGGAUGUAGGCUUCGGAGGAAGUAACAGGAAAUUGGCCGAGUGGAGACUGUGUGACAUUGAAUGGACAGGUUGGAGAUCGUUCAUGUGGUACACGGUCGCGGCGAAGCCAAGCGGAUGUUUGUCGCCCGAUGCGAGACGAAGCUAGCUCAAAGCGCGAGCCGGGUGUAUUCGAGCAGGAACAGGAAUAGUGGUGAUUUUACUGAAAAUUACCGACUCUCUGAGAUGCCUGCGCGUUUUAUCAGUGGGUCCGCAUUGUAAAAACGAGAACUGGGGAUGGAGAAUCCUUGAAUCGUUCAGGAUCUGUUGUUCUGGCCAGGCCUGUGGCGCAAGAGGAUCCUCGUUUCGCCAGGAAUCUCGUCUGGCUGAUAGUUAGUCGCGUAUCGCAAGCGUGUUCGUGCAAAUGUCACGGGACGAGCGUUGCCGAUGCGGCAGGGAGAAUUAUUCAUUCAGCCUUGCAGGUGAUUUCGCCGCAGGCAGCCGCGAGAGAUGUCGCGCACGCGAUUCGUGCUCCUGGCGUGGUCGAUCGCGUUGCUGACGGGCAUAAGUCUCAGUAGUGAGACGCAGAAACCGCGUCUUGGCGGCGCCGUGAAUAUCUUCAGCCGCUACGGCUACCUCAGCAUCAGCAUGAGGGUAGUCCCGAGGAACGACACAGACACCUGGAUCUUCCGCGAGCCAACGCUAGAUGUUUUCAGGAAUCCGGAUCCGGUGGUGAUUAGGUCCCGCCAACAGACGGCCGUCUUCGACGGCGAGUUUCACAUGGAGUUCUGCGACAACGUUCGCCAACUCCUGCAGGCCUAUUUCCGGGACUUCGCGUUCGAACGACUGGAGAGGCCGUGGCGUGCGUUCACCGCCAGCUGGUCGAAAGCCGCGAUUGCCCGGCAUUUGGGCAUCAACUCGUCGUUCAUCACCGGCGAUUAUUGCUACGUGCUGGUGCGCGUCGCCAGGUUCCGCGAAAACCAGAAACUGGCUGGAACCGCGGACACGAUGAUCCUCGAUGAGUCCGUUCUCCGGGAAACGGAAAACAUCACGGUCGGAGACACUGCGAGCGUGGUGCGGUUCAUCAAACACUUCGGAUCACAUUACAUCGCCGCUUACGUCACUGGAAACUCUUUGUAUCAGGUGUUCGUAUACUCACCGCAAGCGUACUUGCGGAUCAAGGAGCGGCUGAAGACGCGCGGCGUGGCGAGCCUAUCGAAUCUGGAGUUGAGCAACUAUUUCUCGCCGUGGUACGCGGAGCACAUGGGUUCGAUACAGUCGGCGAGCGGAAACCGCACGGUCGAGACAUGGGCGGUGGAACGUCUGCGAAACCAAUAUUACAUUUUCUCGUACGCGAGCCUACUGAAAUUGCACGGCGACGCGAUGCUGCUGAAGCAACUGGACGGGUUGCUGGUGAACGAGGCAUUGCUUCAGCUGCAGCUACGGACGCUGGCGCCGAUUUUCAAGGACCCGCUGAGACGCGACUGGUUCCUCGAGGUGAUCGACAAUUACUUUAAGCUAUGGGAGGUGAACAUGUGAAAGAAAAAACGUUGAUGCACCCUUCGUUUCACGUAACGGGAUGUACGUACCGCUCGAAUACGCGCGUGGAAGGCGACGGUAUAAGUGUACGUACGCAUUUACCGGAAAAGGUGAUGACCGAUGAUGACUCGAACGAAGAAUUUCUCACUGCUACAGUAUUCGAAGAGUCAGUCAUGCAGUCACGGUCCCCUCGAAAGUUCACUAUUGUUUCUCCGUUUAAUAAAACGCUAGGAUUUAAGAGAGAAACGCCCAACUACAAUGUUGUUAUUAAAUAAGUAUUUAUUACUAUAAUCGACCAUAGAAGACAUUUUUAUACAAACGUUUUAAAUAUAUAUAUAUUAUAUGUAUAUCACAAGCAAUUUUCGCAGAAGUGACUGAAAAAAUGGGCGAACUUCCCGUUCCCGUGUUUUGUCGUUUUAGUCUUGAUAUUACUUCUCUUCCAUCUUUGUCUAAGCUCUUUAAAAAACUCGGGAACGGAAGUCGCUGUCUUUUUUCUUGUUUUUCGCGUCGAGUUUUUUUCCCCGAACGUGAAAUUCGAUAAACGAAUGACGUUUCAAAAUAAAUAUACGCAUGAUGUUUAUUAGCUUAUAAAGUUAUGGACGUUUUCCAACCGAUUUUUGAACGAUUCAAUGUGAGUAUUUGAGUGUAAAAACAAUGGUUAGUACGUGUAUCAGAUGAGGUGUUUAUUGGCACGAUGAAACGACUGAGUGGAACCUAGAAGAAAAAAGUCAGUUCGCUCGGUUUGAUACGAUACUCCUCGCGUUUGAUUAAUUGGCGACUUUUUUCAUAAACCUAGUUAUAACAAUAAACAUAAUAAAAGUGCGAAACAAGUUGGUUAAAAAGAAUGCUCAAAGAUCAUUUGAAAAAUACACUAAGGUGUAUUAUAAAAAAUCAGUAUUUUUAUAUCGAUUCAGUUGUACUAUAUAUAAAAACUAUACUGUAAUUGUCAUACUUAUGAGUUAACAGAAGGAACUUGAAAAAUGCGUACUAAUAAAAGUAUAAAACUUUGUAGAUUGGGCUACGUGUAAAAAUCUGUAUUGCUUGUACGUAAACCAAUCAGUAGUUCGGAUUCUUCAAGUUUCUUUUUCUUGGUUAACAUAAGAAUAAAAUAUAACGAUACUUAUAUGACGUGAACUUUCGUGUAAAAAGAGAGUAAAAUUAUGUAAAAGGUU